AUGGCUGAUGAUAAAAAAGGUGCGACAUUUUCGUUGAAAGUGAUGAUCAAUAAAGAGAGAACUAAGGUGCUCUUUGCAGACUCCGACAGCCACUUCGCAGACAUUUUGUUAAGCUUCUUGAGUUUGCCGUUGGGAAGAAUUGUCAAAGUCCUCGAGAAGCACUUUGGAGACGAGGCGCCUACCAUUGGUAGCUUAAGCAGUUUGUACCGUAGCUUAGUAAAUCUCGACAGUGCAUAUUUCUGGACUGAUGGAGCUAAGCAGACUCUGCUUGAUCCAACAAGUUCAUUGGAAGAUGAAUACGGGAGGCUGAAACUCGAUAUCACUGAUUUUCAGCCUUCUGAAUAUUUCUAUUGUAGUAAAUAUCCCAUCAUUCGGUAUCACACUGAUCAGCCUAAUAGAUUUCGUAGCCUAAGCAUCUACUAUGAUCAUGUCAAUAGGUGCAAAUUUUGCUUACAUGAUAGUAUGAUUAAAGAAGUAGGUAAGAAAGGGCCUGAAGCUGCUGCAUCUAGAGAUGGAGUUUUCACCAUGAAUACAUCAUCUUUCAUAAUCUCUGAUGAUCUCCACAUAUAUUUCCAAAUGAGACAGGAUUCUUAG